AUGAUAGGUUCUCUCUUGCACUUAAUUACUUCUACACCCGACAUUUCAUUCAAUGUCUGUUUAUGUGCUCGCUUCCGAUUAGAUCCUAGAGAGCCCGACUUAACAACUAUUAAGAGGAUUUUCAGGUAUCUGAAAGGUACUACUAACCUUGGCUUAUGUUAUAGAAAACUAAAAGAGUACGCGCUAGUAGGUUAUUGUGAUGUUGAUUAUGCUGGAGAUAGACUAGAAAGAAAAAGAACUUCUGGAAGUUGUCAAUUUCUGAGAGACAAUUUAAUCUCAUGGUUCAGCAAGAGACAAUCAAUAAUUGUACUAUCAAUAUUCGAAGCCAAGUAUAUUCCAGCAUCUGGAUGCAACACCCAAAUCCUCUGGAUGAAAAUACAGCUAGAAGACUUUCAGAAAUAUGAAAGUAAUGGUCCUAUUCUUUAUGAUAAUACCUCAGCUACAUCUUUAUCUAAUAAUCCCAUUUUACAUUCUAUAGCUAAGAAUAUUAAGAUUAAACAUCAUUUUAUACGAGACUAUGUUUAG